AGAACAAUGAGACGGCAAGUACUGUUGUUUCUCUCGGUCCUAUGUCUCCGCUCCGUGUUCGGCCAGGUCAGUUACUCGAUCCCUGAAGAAAUGACCAAAGGAUCUGUAGUUGGUAACAUAGCGCACGAUUUAGGUUUGGAUCUGAAAAGGCUGAAAUCGGGUAAAGCCCGUGUGUAUACAGGAGCGAGUGUAGAAUACAUCGGGCUGAAUAAAGAAAGGGGAGUCCUCCUCAUCCAAGAGAGAAUAGACAGAGAGGCUUUAUGUGGAGAGACGACGCCUUGUGCUUUACAUUUCCAGCUCAUUCUGGAAAAUCCGAUGGAAUUGUUUCGUGUAACGGUGGAAAUUACCGACAUAAACGACAAUACCCCCAGUUUUACAAAUGCUGAAAAACGCUUUGAAAUUAGCGAGUCCGCUGUGAUAGGAUCGAAAUUUGUCUUAGAGAAAGCUAUUGAUUCCGACAUUGGCAUGAAUGGUUUACAGCAAUACUCACUUACUCCAACUAACAACUUUGUAUUAAAAUUAGAAAAUCAGGCAGACGGAAGCAAAAAGGUAGAGAUGGUUCUGCAGAAGCCUCUAGACCGAGAAAAGCAGGAAUACAUCUCACUGCUGUUAACUGCUGUAGAUGGAGGAGAGCCGCAGAUGUCAGGGACAAUGCAGAUAUUUGUUAAUGUAUUAGAUGCGAAUGACAACGCGCCUGCAUUCGCUAAACCGCUUUAUAGAGCAAAAAUACAAGAAAAUUCUCCAAAAGGCACCAGCGUCACGACUGUAAGUGCAUCUGAUAAAGACAUCGGCUCGAACGGAGAAGUAUCAUAUCUGAUAUCUACGAGCAAGCGUCUUUUAUCUGAACUGUUUAAAAUAGAUGCAAAGACUGGUAAUGUUGUCGUAGUCGGUGAAAUAGAUUAUGAAAAGGCAAAAACUUAUCAAAUUGAUAUAGAAGCUGUAGACAGAGGGGGACUCUCUGAUUCCACUAAAGUGAUAGUUGAUGUUAUUGAUAUAAAUGACAAUAAUCCUCACAUUAAUAUAGUUUCGAAAUCAGAAUCAAUAUCAGAGGACUCAUCUCCAAACACUGUUAUAGCUAUGUUAAGCAUAAAUGACCCAGAUUCAGAGAAUAAUGGAAAGGUAGAGUGUAAUAUAGACGCCAACAUUCCCUUCAAAAUAGAAAGUACAUUAAAUGGAUUUUAUACUUUAGUUACAGAAUUAGCUUUGGAUAGAGAGGUGGAGUCUCAAUAUAACAUCACUGUGACCUGCUCUGAUGAGGGAGUGCCCUCCCUCUCCAGCAGCGUCACUCUCACCUUACAGAUCUCUGAUGUGAAUGACAACGCGCCUGUGUUUGAGAGGAGCUCAUAUGAGGCCUACAUUGUAGAAAACAACACACCAGGCCUCUCUAUAUUCACAGUGAAAGCCAGAGACGCUGACUGGAACCAGAAUGCGCGUGUUUCGUACAUACUGGAGGACUCCUCUGUCAACGGAGUGCCAGUCUCCUCAUAUGUGUCGGUCAGUGCUGAUAGUGGAGUCAUCCAUGCAGUGCGCUCUUUUGACUACGAGCAGAUCAAAGAUUUCCAAUUCCGCGUCAAGGCGCAGGAUGGAGGCUCCCCUCCACUCAGUAGCAACGUGACAGUGAAAAUAAAGAUCCAGGACCAGAACGACAACCCCCCUCAGGUCCUGUACCCUGUCCAGACUGGUGGCUCUGUGGUGGCUGAGAUGGUGCCUCGUUCAGCAGAUGUGGGCUAUCUGGUGACUAAAGUGGUGGCUGUUGAUGUGGACUCUGGCCAGAAUGCGUGGCUGUCGUAUAAACUGCAGAAAGCCACGGACAGGGCGCUGUUUGAAGUGGGCUCACAGAAUGGAGAAAUAAGAACUAUCCGCCAAGUGACUGAUAAAGAUGCAGUGAAGCAAAGACUGAGUGUUAUAGUGGAGGACAACGGGCAGCCCUCUCGUUCAGCUACAGUCAUUGUGAACGUGGCGGUGGCGGACAGCUUCCCUGAAGUGCUGUCGGAGUUCACUGACUUUCCCCACGACAAGGAGUACAAUGACAACCUGACUUUUUACUUAGUGUUGGCUUUGGCUGUAGUCUCCUUCCUGUUCAUCACGUGUUUGGUGGUGAUUAUAUCAGUGAAAAUCUACAGAUGGAGACAGUCUCGCGUGCUGUAUCAGUCCAACCUGCCUGUGAUUCCAUAUUAUCCACCACGUUACUCAGAUACUUUGGGGACCGGGACUCUGCCACACGUGUACAACUACGAGGUGUGCAGGACGACUGACUCGAGAAAGAGUGACUGUAAGUUCGGCAGAGCUGGUAGUCAGAACGUGCUGAUAAUGGACCCCAGUUCAACAGGGACGAUGCAGCGGAUGCAGAGUGAGAAGAGCAUCCUGGAUGAACCAGACUCUCCUCUAGAGGUUAGAAAUCUUUAG